GUUCGCGCGCUUCGGGCCUAGUCCGGACUCGCCGCCUCCGCCGCCAUAUUCCCGGUAACGGGGGCGCGCGGCCGGGGGCCGGCGGGGCCGGAAGAGGGCUCGGGGCCGGCGCCGAGGCGGGGAGGGGUGGCAUCUUUCUUACUUGGUCCGCUUUCCGGGCUCGCGAUCUGCCUUCCGGAGCCAUGUCAGAAGGAGUGGACUUGAUUGAUAUAUACGCCGACGAGGAGUUCAAUCAGGACCCAGAGUUCAACAAUACAGACCAGAUUGAUCUGUAUGAUGACGUGUUGACCGCCACCUCCCAGCCCUCAGAUGACAGAAGCAGCAGCACUGAGCCACCUCCUCCUGUUCGCCAGGAGCCGUCUCCCAAGCCCAAUAACAAGACCCCUGCAAUUCUGUACACCUACAGCGGCCUGCGAAACAGGCGGGCGGCUGUGUACGUGGGCAGCUUCUCCUGGUGGACCACAGACCAGCAGCUAAUCCAGGUUAUUCGCUCCAUCGGAGUCUAUGACGUGGUGGAGCUGAAAUUUGCGGAGAAUCGAGCCAAUGGCCAGUCCAAAGGGUACGCUGAGGUGGUGGUAGCCUCUGAAAACUCUGUCCACAAAUUGUUGGAACUCCUGCCAGGAAAGGUUCUUAACGGAGAGAAAGUAGACGUGAGGCCAGCCACCAGACAGAACCUGUCACAGUUUGAGGCUCAGGCUCGGAAACGUGAGUGCGUCCGAGUCCCAAGAGGGGGAAUACCUCCACGGGCUCACUCUCGAGAUUCGAGUGACUCUGCCGAUGGACGGGCCACGCCCUCUGAGAACCUUGUCCCCUCUUCUGCCCGCGUGGAUAAGCCCCCAAGUGUGCUGCCCUACUUCAACCGCCCUCCGUCAGCCCUCCCCCUGAUGGGUCUGCCCCCACCUCCAAUUCCACCCCCACCACCUCUCUCCUCAAGCUUUGGGGUCCCCCCUCCUCCUCCUGGCAUCCACUACCAGCAUCUCAUGCCCCCUCCUCCUCGAUUACCUCCUCAUCUGGCUGUACCUCCCCCUGGAGCCAUCCCACCUGCCCUUCACCUCAAUCCAGCCUUCUUCCCCCCACCAAACGCCGCAGUGGGGCCUCCACCAGACCCGUACAUGAAGGCCUCAGCCCCCUAUAACCACCACAGCAGCCGGGAUUCGGGCCCUCCGCCCUCUGCAGUGAGUGAGGCAGAGUUUGAAGAGAUCAUGAAGCGGAACAGAGCAAUUUCCAGCAGCGCCAUUUCCAAGGCCGUCGCUGGAGCCAGUGCAGGGGAUUACAGUGACGCAAUUGAGACGCUGCUCACAGCCAUCGCGGUCAUCAAACAGUCCCGGGUCGCCAACGAUGAGCGCUGCCGUGUGCUCAUCUCCUCUCUCAAGGACUGUCUCCACGGCAUUGAAGCCAAGUCCUACAGCGUGGGUGCCAGCGGGAGCUCGUCCAGGAAAAGACAUCGGUCCCGGGAGAGGUCACCUAGCCGGUCCCGGGAGAGCAGCAGGAGGCACCGGGACCUGCUUCACAAUGAAGAUCGGCAUGACGAUUACUUCCAAGAAAGGAACCGAGAGCACGAGAGACACCGGGACAGAGAACGGGACCGGCACCACUGAGAAAGGAGUCGGACGGAAGCAAAUGUUUUUUAAUGGACUUGCAUCUCCUCACCUCGAUCAGGACUAAAGGACGGAGGCCGCUCCACCCCUUCCCUUCCCUCCAUGCCCCCACCCCCCUCCAGACACCCAGGGAUUGCCCUCUGCCCUCCAGGACUGAAGACUGCCGGCCCUCCCAGUCCCACACCCCGCUUGCCGGGAAAGAACCUACAACCUACAGACCGGUUGGGAGGGGAGGCAGACAGGAAGAAGCAGGUCCAGCCCCGGUCUCCAUAGAGAAUGGUGCUUUGUUCAAGGAAACGUGAGUUUCUGAUUCUCCUGGAGCGGUUCAGUAGUGAGGUUGAUGGGAAGACUUCCUUCUCAAAGCAAAGGAAUCCUUCGAGUGGGAUCUGGGAGAGCGACUGGGGUGCCAGGAUAUGCCCAGGCUCAUGCCCUCUAGGUUUGAUGGGGCCACGAGGGUCCAGACCCCUUGCUAACACCUCUUCGUUCAACUCCUUUCCUUCCAGCCCUUUGAGGCGGGACCAUGAGAACAGAAUGUGUGGAAAGCUGCUCUUGCUCUUGCUUUUCCUUCUUACGUAGUGACGGUUUGUUUCCCUGGCCUCCCGCUCCUGCUGCCCGGCCGCCUCCGCGGACGCCUCCCUGCAGAGCAGGCCGCGGGGUGCGUGUGCUGGGAGCCCGGAGCCAGCUCCCUCCCUGCUUCAGGUGCGGUUGCCUCGCAAUAACCAGCUCUGCCAGGUGUUCUGUUUCUCGGGGCUCCACCUUUCGCAGGGGAGCCCUCCCCCCAGGGCUGCUUCCUUGUUUUAGAGGAGGUAUUGCCGUUGGGAGGUGGGGACAUGGCCUCAGCAGCGAAGAGCCUGGUGCAGUGCCAGGAUGGAGGCGGCACCGCGGGCAGCGCAUGGCAGGCAGGCAUGGCCUGCUCCCGGAGGCCCUCCUUUUUUGCGCGGGUUUGAUGUAAGCAUCGGCUCGCAUCCCCCAGGUACCAGUUCCACUCCUCGUGGGGUAACCUGACACUAGCAGCCAGGGAAAGUCACAGGUGGGGUGUCUCCACCUUUGACCUUUGACCAUUGACUUCCUGUCUCCCUGGGCUCUGCCUGGAGGUACUUCCUGCCUCUGAGGAGGAGCAGGGACAAGCGGAGCCUGACCUGAGUGAGCUCCGUGUUCUAAGGACCACCGCUCGGGGCCAUUUCCCACACGGGCAUGGAAUUGCUUUCCCGUAACAUCUGAUUGUGAAGUUCUUGUUGCUGAGGGAGGAAGCAGCAGGGUCUGCAGUGCCCAGGGGCGACGGGCGAUGGGCACUAUGCGCACCUAGAGGGCACGUGGCAGCUAACGAGAGAGACGUGACGUGAGACGUGGCGUGUGAGGUUAGGGUCAUUGGAGACCCUUGUGGCUCAGGGAGAGACUGAGUUGGACUGAACCCUCUCUUCCCUGCACGUUUCUGACCCGGCCCCCCAGGGCGGCCCCGAGGGCUGGAGAGGCACAUGCCCUUGGGACAGGCGACAGGUUUGUAGCCCUUUUCCCCUGUCCCAGGUCCCAGCUCCACCUCCAGCUCAGGAUGUUGCCCCCUGCCCGCCGGCAAGAGCUGGUACUGGGCGUACCCUCGGGAGCGGUCCUGGUGUCAGAGAACAGUGAGUGGCAGGGAGGAAAGGAACGGAGCGCAGGACAGCCUCUACCCGGGAGCUCUCCCCGUUUUUGUUUUGUUUCUAUUCGGUGACACCAUUUUUAGUUUUGUUUCCUGAUAGCGAAAGGAAAACACCCAGUCCUCAAAGGCCAAGGCCCCGUCCCCCUGUUGUCGGUGAUUUGUCUGUCUUUCUGAUAGGUUGAAAAUUGUGUAAUAAACUUGAUGACGCUGUCAA